AGAGAAAAUCAAACUUCCGAGAGUAUUUAUGUGAUUGUUGAUGCCUAUUCGAAGCGAAAGGAUAUCAAUCUUAUCACUGUCGAUUGGGCUAAGGCAGCUGGAGAGGAUUACUUUGAUGCUGCCUUCACAAAUAUUGAAUUGUUGGCCCCGGCACUUGCUGAUGCAAUUUUAGAUUUAUGUAAAGCUGGUGUAGAUCGUAUGGACUUGACAGUGGUGGCACAUUCUCUAGGGUCUCAACUAGCAGGAAUGACGGGCAGAGCAGUCAUAUUGAAAUCAAAUGGAACGAAAAUUUAUCGAAUGGCAGUUUUGGAUGCAGCAUUUCCUCUAUUCUUCCCUCCUUUCUUACCAACUGUAAAUCAAAAAGAUGCAGAACAUCUACAAUCGAUUCAUACUGAUAUUGGAACUUAUGGUCAGCCGAUAUCUAUAGGUCAUGUUGAUUUUUGGCCAAAUGGUGGACGACAAGGGCAGCCGGGAUGUCCACAAGGAUUAAUUGUUCCAUUAAGUCCAGAAGAUCUUUGUAGUCAUCAAAGAUCAUGGCGAUUUUGGGCCGAAAGUGUUGCCAAUUCAAAUGAGGAUAAACCAAAAUUCUUGGGUUUCCCAUCGCGAUCAUAUUUGCAAUUUUUAACAGCAGGUAAAGCAAAUUUGAAAAAUAAACCAGUUGAAAUGGGAAUUAAUUGUCCUAUAAGUGCUAGUGGGAAUUAUUAUCUUAAAACCAAUAGCCAACCUCCAUUUGCAAGAGGAAUGGAUGGAUAUUAAAUAAAAAUUUUAUUUUUUAAGUAAAUAUUGUAUAUAUUUUAUAUUAACAUUAUGAUUAAAAAUAUGGAUUAAGGGUUAGGCAA